AUGGCAACUCCGGCGCCAGAGCCACUGCGGAACCAUCCCUUUCGCUCACGCAAUCCCCUUCCACUAUCUGCUGCACAAGAAGCGCAAGUACAGCAGCUGUACCACAAGAGGGUACGAGACUACUGUGCAGACGAAAUUAGAGGACCUAAAGAGGAGGAUCUCGCGCGAGAAGAAUACUUCGCUGGUGUCGAGCAGCGGAUUGCCGAAAAAAGAGAGAAGGAGCGGAAGGCAGCUGAGGCGGAAAGAUUUCACCGCGAGUGGUGGGAGCUCGACGAGAAUGGGAUGAGAAAGAAGCGAACAUAG